ACAGGACACGCAGCAAAGUCCCUUUCAUUGACGCCCCCCUCUUCCAUGUCCUCACCUUCCACGUCUUCAACGUUGUCCCCUGGCCGAGCAAAGAUGAGCGUUUCCGGACCCGGCAGUAGUAAAUCCGUCCUGGCACCUGCUCCUUCCUCCUCCUCCUCUUCCUCCUCUUCUUCUUCCUCUUCCUCCUCUUCUUCCUCUUCUUCUUCGUCCUCUGCUACAGCUUCUUCGUCUCCUUCUGUCUCCCCCGGCCCCCCCAAGAUCCAUCGAGCCCGCAAGACCAUGAACAGGCCUCCAAUAGGGCAGAUGAGCCAUGUUGAGCGACCAGUUGCGCCUGUGACACCUUCAGGAUCCUCUGACUCUGAAACCGCUGCAAAAAAGAGAAAACUGGGUCACUUAUCUGACGGCUCACCUGUGAAGUCCGAGAACGUUCCAGAAAAUGCUCAAACUGUGGAAAAAACAUUAUUCCAUAAGAAGGUGGAACCUGUCACAAAGACGGCUCCAGAGAAGAGCAACAACAGCGUGGAGAAGUCUGAGGAGGAGGUAACAGAGAAGAGUCAGAUUUCCAGUCCGUCCACGCGAGAGUCAGAAAAGUUGGAAGAUGGUGGUGCAGAAACAAGGCAGCAAACUAAAGAUACGGAGGGGUCAGUGAACAUGUCAGAUCAUAGUUCAGAGUCUGAAUCACAGAAAGCUGUUCAGAGCAAAAACGAGAGCGAGGAGUCUUCGUGGCCGCAGUCAGACCAGGAAAAAGAGAGGAACACGGCUGAUGUGGUGGAGAUAGCAGGAGCAGGACGGUCGACCGAGUACACAGAAGUUCCCCUGGGCGCUCUGGACAUCGCUGCUGCUGACAGUCUGACACUUUCGCCUCAUCAUG